AUGAAGGUUUGAGCAACACGGCAACUGUGCUUAUUGAGGUGAUAGACUUUGAUAACAUGAACCCCUAUUUUGACCACACCCUUUACAAAGCUUUCAUACAGGAGGAACAAACAGGAGAAUUCUUCACAAUUCUGCCAGAUGCCAUAAAAGCUCAAGAUGGCGACACUGGUAUCAACAUGAUGGUAGUCUACAGUAUCAGUGCAGUAUCUCCAAGCAAGUACCUGAAUAAUUUUGACAUCAAUGAAAACAGUGGGGUCAUCUCUGUUGUGACUGGACUGGACCGAGAAGAGAUAGGGGAAGUCACUAUCAGCAUUAAGGCAGCUCAGGUGGACGACAACAUGAAAACGGCCAAUGCUGUGGUGACUGUCACCAUUGAGGAUGCCAAUGACAACCCCCCGGUGUUUGACAAAUCCAGAUACCAUGCAACACUGUUGGAGAAUUCACUGACAGACACUGUCGUUUUCAGAGUAAAAGUCACUGACCUGGAUGAGGGUGGAUUUAAUGGAACUCUUCGGCUCCUUCCAGAAUCAGUGCCUUUCUCUGUGAGCUUAGAUGGCACUGUCACAGUGAAAACCUCCACUGACCUGGACAGAGAGACUGUUGGACACUUCUUCUUUCAGAUCGAAGCACAGGAAGCGGACACGCCCAACCGUGUUGUAUCCGCUGACGCCAAUGUAACUCUACUGGACGAGAAUGACAAUACACCAGUGUUCAGUGCCUCCAUCUACUCAAACAGCAUCCUGGUAAAGGACGCUAAAGUGGGGGAUGUGGUGUUGACACUUUUGGCAACAGAUAAGGACAUCGGCAACAACUCACUCAUUACUUACAGUUUUUCUGCAGGCAACUUUACUUAUCUAUCCCUGAAUGAUAAGACGGGAGUUGUAACCAUAGCAUCUGACCUUGCUGAUGUCACAGAGGACACGGCUCUUGAUUUCACGGUCAUGGCACAGGAUCACGGACUGCCACCCUUGAACUCCACAGCUCGUGGUCUGGUCUCCUUGAUGACUGUCAGCCUUAGCGAAGGUGUGGCCUUCGAGAGCCCCUCCUACAACUUCAGCGUUGCCGAAAACCAGCCAGAAGGGGCCGCGGUGGGGGUGGUGAAGGCGUCGCCUGGCAGCAGCCUCUAUGACAUCUCUUACGUCCUCAUGACACACACUGACCUGUUUACCAUAGACCCUCGGGGAGCUCUCCUCACGAAAGAAACGCUCGACAAAGAAAGCCAGGAUUGGUACAUCCUGGAAGUGAAAGCAGUAGACACGAGGAUUCCCCCUACCUCUGCAGUUGCAUUGGUUCAGGUGGAGGUUGAGGAUGUGAACGAGGCCCCAAAGUUUAUCGAUGGAAUCUACCAAGCAAAGAUCUUCAGCAUUGCCCCAUUCAAGUAUCCUGUGGUACAGGUUAAGGCCACAGACCCUGACAGUGGUGACAGUGAGCGUCUGCAGUACAGUAUGUCGGAGCCCAGUUCCUACUUUGACGUGGACCCCUCCACUGGUCAGGUGUAUGUGGUGUCAGCGGUGGGACUGGCAGGACAGACAACCACUUUGACCAUGAAGGCUACAGACCCUUUGGGCCUUCAGGCCACAGCGAUGGUCCAGGUGGACGUCCAGGGAAGUGCCAGCAGUGACGUAGUGGUCAUCUCUCUCAACCAAGCCGCCAACGUAGUGGAGAAGAACAUCCCUGAGAUGGAAGAGUCUUUGGGGAGAGCGCUGGGCUGGACCGUGAGGGUCAUCAGGGUUUCCAGCUCUAACAGUGGAGAGGCUGAAUCAAGAAAAUUGAGGAACAACAUCAAGACGUUUGUUAGCAUAAUUGCCACAGAUGUCGACAAAGUCAUCCCUGCUCUGGAGAUCAAAAAGAAGCUGCAAAGUGAAAGUGCCACUGUCAAGGCGGAACUUGAGAAGGUGUUUGGGGCGGGGCUCGAGUAUGACGUGCAGGAUGAUCCGGUGGAAGCGUCUGAUAACCAGGCCAUCGUCAUCGCCCUGGGAGUCCUUCUGGGGCUGAGCAUGCUGGGAUUGCUUCUGAUGGGGACAUACACAAUCGUCAAGUUCAUAAGGACGAAAAGAAAUGCAGAGGAUUCAGACAGGGAGAGCUUUGCCAUUGACAAUCAAAGUAAUAUAAACCAAGACAGAAAGACCUCAGGAAAUUUAAACCUGGGUUUGAGAUCACAUGGCAUUGAAAAGAAGGCUGAGCCCGAGCCUGACAGCCAGAACAAGGACAGCAACAGUGACGACAGUCAAACAUCUACUCUCUAAAACGAUUCAAAUGUGUGUGGUUACCUUGAAACCCAAUGGCAGUUUUCAUAUGCAAUCCUGCACUGUAACUGUACAAUAUAUAUAUUAAAAUAAUCCAGACUGUAAAAAUAUGAACAUGAAUAUAUCAGCACCUAAACAACACAACAAGUAUACUAAUUAUUUAGACUGUUGAAAAUGUUUGUUAACCUAACAAGUUAAUUUGUAAAGAAAUGUGACAUGUUAAUGUUUGACAAAUACAUUAACAUAAAAUAUGAGUGUAAUUACCAAAGCAAUGUCAGCAGCAAAGAUUAUUAAGGCACAAUAAAAUUGAGCCAUUAUGAUAGGGGGUAACAAUUUCAUUUUGAAAAUAGGUUGAAUUCGGUGGUAAAUUUCCCCAUUCAAGACAAUGACCAUCUUGACCUGCAAACACUGCUUGUAUUAGGUUUGCAAUGGAAGAACUGUAUAAAAAGGAGACAUUGUGAGGCUAUAAACUAGUUAGUACAGUGUUUUGGGUACCUUGUCAGCAUCCUGUUAAAUUAGAAUGUGUGUUUCUGAAUGCAAGUGACCACGUACUUUGCUGUGUGGUGACAGAA